AUGGUCUACUUGAUCCUAACUCCAUCACCGGACGAGGACAUGAAGAUUGAUAUGUAUCGUGCAAAUGCUAUUCGUGUCCUGUGCCGGAUAAUAGACGGAAGUCUUCUUACACUUAUUGAGCGGCGCUUGAAAGAAGCUGUUGUGGAUAAGAAUCCUGUUGUUUUAAGUGCAGCUUUUUUCAGUGGACUUCACAUGCUAAAGACAAACCCUGAAAUUGUUAAAAGAUGGACCAAGGAGGUCGAACAAGCUGUCCAGUCCAGAGCAGCCCUUGUUCAGUUUCAUGCCUUGGCUUUGCUCCAUCAGAGUUGUCUGCGCCAUAAGGCAGAAAUGGUGAUCCUUGAGGCUGCCAGGGCUAUAACUGAGCUUGAUGGUGUGACAAGCCGAGAAUUGACUCCAGCAAUUACCGUGCUUCAGCUCUUCUUGAGUUCCCCUAAACCAGUGCUGAGAUUUGCUGCUGUCCGGACUCUGAACAAGGUUGCAAUGACUCAUCCCAUGGCUGUCACCAACUGCAACAUUGAUAUGGAGAGUUUGAUUUCUGAUCAGAAUAGAAGUAUUGCUACACUUGCCAUCACCACACUCCUGAAAACAGGGAAUGAAUCUAGUGUGGAACGCUUGAUAAAGCAGAUUACUAAUUUCAUGUCAGAUAUUGCCGAUGAGUUCAAAAUUGUAGUCGUGGAUGCCAUAAGAUUAUUGUGUUUGAAAUUUCCACUGAAGUAUCGAUCAUUAAUGAACUUCUUAAGCAACACUCUUAGGGAAGAAGGUGGAUUCGAAUAUAAAAGGGCGAUUGUAGAUUCUAUUGUAACCAUUAUCAGAGAUAUUCCAGAUGCAAAGGAAAAUGGAUUGCUCCAUCUUUGUGAGUUCAUCGAAGAUUGUGAAUUCACGUACCUUUCAACACAGAAUGCAACUGUUCGAGCUGCUGCUGUUUGCACACUUGCAAAGUUUGGGUUUAUGGUUGAAGCGUUGAAGGUCCGUGAUAGAGUGACACUCUUUUUGAGUACCCUUGGUAAUGAUGGCCUUGUUGACACUGACAAAGAUAGCAAAGCAUUUCUAUUUGGUUCCCUGGAUGCCCCUGUUUUCAACAUGGAGACAAUCUUCUUCCCCUGUGGAGCGGAAACCGAAUACGCAGUCAAUGUUGUAAAGCAUAUCUUCGAUAAUGACGUUGUGUUUCAGUAUAACUGCACAAACACAGUACCAGAGCAAUUGUUGGAGAGGGUAAUGAGCAUGAUAUAUCAGCUGGAAGCCACCGAAAGACUUUUCUCCUUGACAGUUCCUAUACUCCCUUGUUUUGCAGGUCAAUGUCAUUGUAGAUGCUUCAGAAGCAGAGAAUUAUCUUCGAAGCCAAUAAUCUCGCUCCCAUACGAUUCCCCUGGUCAGGCCUUUGUGGCGUUUGAGAAGCCAGAAGGAGCCCCGGCCAUUGGAAAGUUCUCAAACACAUUGACUUUCAUUGUUAAGGAGGUUGAUGCAAACACAGGUGAACCAAAUGACGAUGGUUGA